UCAGAAUUUGGGGGGGGAAAGGCUUAAAAAUUCUGCCAAAAAUCUAGUAACAGACUUUAAUUGUUUAGAAUGUGAUGAAAAAUACUCUUUGGGAACAGCAAAUCAACAGUCAGCCCAUCCCAGGACUGGAAUUAGAGAAAAAGGGAAUCUGUUCCAGCAGACUGCUGGGAUCAGAGGAAGCAAGUGGAAACGCCACAGCAAACAGCUUUUACUUCACCUAAGACGUUUGACUACUGAAGGGGUGGGGACCCUGACCUGCAUGGCCCUCAUGAUUCAGGUGCAGCUCAAAGUCUGGCUGUGGACAGCUUUGGCCUUCUACACGCCUGCUGGAUCCCAGAGGCUGACAGAUGAACAACUUCACAGUAAGGACCAAGCUGACGUGAACAAGUUUCAUAACAAGCUGGAGGAUGCACACAUCAUGCUAGAGUUGCUCUGGGCAGGGCUGGAGAUUGAAGCCAAUGAGACAGUCUGGGUCCAGGAUGAGGAGCUGGGUUCUCUGCGCCCAGCAAAGCAACUGAUCCAGAUUUUCCAGCACCAAGUUCCCAAGACACCAACAAGGAUUGAACAGCAACUGAGACAUUUUUCACUGGCUGAGGCCCCCCUCACUUUAGCAGAGUUUGACCAUCUCCUCUUCACAAGUGUUUAUUGUGCCUAUCAGAUUCGCUCCAUUCAGGGCCUAGACAAGAAUCUUUGGAUCACUUUCUUUUCUCAGCUGAUUGAUGAAAUCUUCCGUGAUCUCUGCAAGGGGUUUUGCCCUGCAGAUUCUACUGUCCUGGCUUCCUGGCCCUGGAAAGAUAAACCCUUCUAUUUAACCUCACUGAAAAAGUCCUAUCAUUCUCACCUUGCCAUGACCAAGAGAAACCUUGAGUAAGGAAAAUGCUACAGAGGAAAGUCAAGUUUUGUGUUUGGAUUAUUUAGAGUGCUGCCUGUCAUCCAAUAUCAUCCAGAACAGUGUGUCUUCCUGUUUUGCUUUCUGUAUCAUACUGAAAACUUCCUAGCAGCUUAUCAAUCAGCUAUUUUUCCAUCUUUAAAUAUGAAACAAGGUGAUGGAUCUCUCCCUAGGAACUCCAUAAUGAACACUCCUCUGAGGUGAAUUUAGCCAUCUGAGCUUUGGUAUUAGAUACUACUACUGCAGGUGGUGAUAUCCUCCCAAUGUUAUAUGCCUUGAUCACUGAUAGUCAAUGAGAGAUGCCCUGGCACCUUUUCCAGGGUGUUAGUUCAGAUGUGCUGGCUGAAUUCCAUGUUGGAUAAUUCCAUUUUGUCUCUAAAUUCUUCCUGUAGUUUCAAUUGGCUACAAUAUUUUCCCUUCGUGCAAUAGCCCACCAUGUGCCUUAGCUAUGUUGUUCAUACAGCUGCUGUGUUUCACU